UUGCGCUGACGUUCUCGGGAUUAACUUGUUUUCAUGUCGCCAUAUCUAUCACAUUUUGCACCGGAUGCCCCGAUCAGCUGCAGAUUGCUGCUACAGAGUGUUAUUUAGCUUCUUAAAACCUUGAAUCGGUCCUUGUGUGCUGCGCAUGAAACUGUGGGUAGGCUACCGUGAAGUGCCUGGAUGAGGAGCAGGUGUCGCCCUGAGCUUACAGUGCUGAUGUCCUGUCACACUGAUGGGAGCCGACGGCAGUAAAACCAGGAAGAGGUCUGCUGAAGCACCGGAGGAUGAGGACUUCUCAUCUGGAUGGCGUGGCUUACUCUCCAGCAUGCGCCUGUCUAUCCCAGCAAGCCUCUGUCGCCUGGCCCCACCUGCCAUGCGUCUGGGCCAGCGUCGAAUGCUCCAAGGCAAGACCCCCGACAUCCCAGAGCACGUCCUGAGGUUGGCAGGAGUCGGGCCAGAUAAGCUGAGAUCGGAGUGGAGCCUGCCGGGGUUCAUUGCCAUGUUCCUGCCUGAAUUCCCCCACAAAACUAUGCCUGGGCACGAACACUUUCAGGUGUUGAGUUACAUCGCCAAAGGUUCAUUUGGACCAAUUCUGAAAGUGAAGGACAAGGCCAAACAGAAAACCUACGCUGUCAAAGUUAUCCCUAAAUCAGAGAUUCUAAGACUUGGGGUCUUGGAGCAGUCAAAAGAAGAAGUUAUUGUCCAGCGUCAGGUUCACCAUCCAUUUGUCCAUGACCUCGAGGACUGCUGGCAGACUCAGCGCCACCUCUACAUUAUGUGUGACUACUGCAGCACAGGGGACCUGUACACCUACUGGCAGAUGAUUGGUCAGUUCACAGAGGACACAGUACGAGUGUUUGCAGCCGAGCUGGGAAGUGCGCUCGGCUUUCUGCAUGACUUUGGGAUCAUCCACAGAGAUGUAAAGAUGGAGAAUAUCCUGCUGACAGACAACGGACACCUCCGCUUAGCUGACUUUGGUUUGUCCCGUCGCCUGGAGAGAGGAGGAAGAGCUUUUACCAUCUGUGGAACCAUCCAAUAUAUGGCCCCAGAGGUGCUGAGUGGCGGACCGUACAACCAUGCUGCUGAUUGGUGGUCACUGGGAAUUCUGCUUUUCUCAUUGGUUACUGGGAAGUUCCCCUUGCCUCCAGAAUCAGACCACUGCAGUAUGCUGAGGAAAGUGAGGAGUUUUCCCUAUGAAAUGCCCCUCAGCUUCAGCCCCCCACUGGCCUUGCUAAUAACCGAGCUUUUGUGCAAGACCCCCACCCGCCGCCUGAGGACCCUCGAGCGUUUCAAACGCCAAACCUUCUUCCAUGGAACAACUUUUGACCUCACCUUGCUGCAGCGCCAGCCCGUGGAGGUGAUUCUGGAGCUGAGAGAGAGACCAGACCGAGCCGCCAAAGCUCGACGCGGCCUCACUUUGUCUCUGCAGCCUCUCAAAGGCUUCGACUACGACUCGUUCCUCAGCCCUCCCGCCACGCCAGACACACACCUGGACGCCGGCACACAAACUCACACAGCUGCACCAAUGCCCGGCCCGGUAUUCCCACUGCAGCCUGCUCAGGAAAAAGGCCCACGCAGGGAAGUGUUUGUGUGACGGACUCUGAGUUUACAGUAUGGUUAUUAACACACUAAAGGUAAAGGCCUACAUGUAUGUAUUGCUGCACACUUGUUCACCCUUACACACAGGUGUGGUACGCCUUCUAAAAUGUCUUAUUUAGUAAAAGCCUAAAUAGCUAAUGAUGAUUUAUUUAGAUCUAUAGUUUAGAAGGGAAUGUGUAAAGAUCACCACUUCCCCACUUGUCUUGGUGAGUUUUAUGGGGGUUUUUUGUGUUGUGCUGGGCACUAUUGUUUUCUUUUUGUUACUUGUUUGCCUUUCUCCAAUGAGCACCUUUUCAAGCCUACUGUAUUUGCUCAACAGUUGUGCAAGAAAGAUUGCACUAUUGUCCAUCUACUUUCAACUUUCCAGCGACUGGUCAUGUCUGCCCUGUUAUUACCUAAUGUUCGACUGCUAUCAGAUUCACCCCACAUGGAAAAGUCAUGCUGGUUGAAGACAAUGCACUGAUUUUUUUUUUCUACAACAAGUUAUAUGUAGUUAAGUAGGAAUCCAACCAAACCCCUUCAACAAAACGAGUAUAUUUCUGAACUUCUGCCUUGAUUUUUUAUGUAUGAUUAUGAAACCGUGUUGGCAGAAGUAAAAAGAAACUCCUUGCCUCAUGUGAAUCUCUACUAUAAAACCUGUUCAGUACUGUUAUUAAUGCUGUGACAUAACCUUUCCCACACUUGACUGCCUAAAUUGUUUAGCAGCAGAAACGUCUCUAAACUGUGUAAAAGUCACGUGAGCGUCACAACAUCACAUUAAGACGUGUACGCCUUCAACGUCUGCUUCAGUUUGAAUCAUUUAUUACCUGCAACUCAGGGGAGCACUCGCUGGUUUUCUCAAAUCAGCAUUGAUUUUGACUCCGAGAUGACACCCAGCUGUACUGAUCCGAGCUGGGACUUUAAGGCUGAACGAACAAAAAGUACAGUUUACCUCCAGUUAACAUUUUGAUAGAAACAGGGCUUUUUCUAUUGUCCAUGGCUGCCGUAACCCUAGCCAGUAAUCACACCCUCAUGCACUUACCUGAUCAUCAGUUUAUAUUAUGAUUUUGUAAAGUAUGACCUAAUGUGUACCCAGAAUGCCUCACAUGUGUCAUCCUGAGCUUACUUUUUUUCUUAACUAUAAACCUCUUUAUAAAGUUUAUAUGAAUAUUUUGGAUGCUAUUGGAUGUUAUAUGUUAUGUUACAAUGUAUUUUUGU